CUCUAAAAUGUUUUUUAUGACAAAUAAAAUGUGCCACUUCAGCGGCAACUUGAAUAUUUAUUUGGGCACACCUAAACUACAAUUAAUUACAUAACGAAAGUGAUACCAAGUGGUUUAUUAAAAUAAAAAAAUUACAUGGUUUUCUCAUGAGAAAAUAAAAUGAGUGGUGCCUUUAGUGAAGCGCACGUAAAUAGUAUUUGUUAGACUUCAGUUUUAUUUGUUUAAAAGGUAGCUUCACAAAGAUGUACCAUUGUUGUUUACAUUAGGAUUUAUUGUUUUGGAUGAUAGAACCUCACAAUUGAGCAACAGACAAGAUGACUUUGCCCGAUCUUGUAGCUGGACUUUCGUCCAAUCCCUACUUUGGGGCCGGUUUUGGACUCUUUGGUGUGGGCGCCGCUGCUGCCAUAUUGCGCAAGGGCCUCCAGGGCGGAGUGAUACUGUUCCGGCGGCACUGCAUGAUUACCCUGGAGGUGCCGUGUCGGGACAAAUCCUAUCAGUGGCUGCUAAAAUGGAUUACGAUCAGAGGAGCGCGCAAAACGCAACACUUGAGCGUGGAGACGAACUUUGUGCAGAACGACAAUGGCACGAUCAAAACCAGCUAUGACUUCAUACCCAGCAUAGGCAAGCACCUGUUCCAGUACAAGGGCAAUUGGAUUCAGGUGGAGCGGACCAGGGAACAACAGACAUUGGACCUUCACAUGGGUGUUCCUUGGGAGACAGUGACGCUUACAGCGUUUGGUAACAAUAAGGGUAUAUAUUUCGAUAUCCUCGAAGAGGCUAGGCAGCUGGCUCUGGAGGCCACAGAGGGCAAAACCGUGCUGUACACAGCGAUGGGUGCGGAAUGGAGACCCUUUGGGCAUCCGCGCAGAAGGCGUCCCACUGGAUCGGUGGUGCUGGAUCGCGGAACUUCGCAGCGAAUCAUUGCCGACUGUCAGGACUUCAUUAAGAGCUCUCUGUGGUACACGCAGCGUGGAAUCCCCUACAGAAGAGGGUACCUUCUGUACGGGCCACCUGGUUGUGGCAAGUCUAGCUUCAUAACCGCCCUGGCGGGCGAACUGGAGUACAGUGUCUGCCUGCUAAACCUAUCCGAAAGAGGCCUCACCGACGAUCGACUCAAUCAUCUCCUGAAUGUUGCGCCAGAACAGAGUAUCAUUCUGCUGGAGGACAUCGACGCAGCAUUCGUCUCGCGCGAAGCUACUCCGCAGCAGAAAUCCGCCUUUGACGGCCUCAACAGGAUAACGUUCAGUGGACUCCUAAAUUGCUUGGACGGUGUGGGCUCCACGGAGGCCAGAAUUGUCUUCAUGACCACAAACUACAUUGACCGCCUGGAUCCCGCCUUAGUUCGUCCUGGUAGAAUCGAUUUAAAGGAAUACAUUGGCUAUUGUACGCAAUAUCAGUUGGAGGAGAUGUUCAAGAACUUCUUCGCCAGCAGUGACACCACAAAAGCCGAGGAGUUCGGAAAACGGGUGAAUUCCUUUGGACGCUCCGCAAGUCCGGCGCAAAUUCAAGGCUUUUUCAUGAAGCACAAACUGUCCUCGCCGCAAACUGUUAUUGAUUCUUGUGAAGAUAUCUGGGAAAAUGUUUUAGAUCAUAAUAAAAAGAUUAAUUGAAUGGU